AUGACGUUCACACACGAUUCCUACACUAUUGCGUGGAUAUGCGCCUUACCGAUAGAGUUGGCGGCGGCAAAGAUAUUCCUGGACGAAGUUCAUCCUCGACUUCAUCAACCAAAAUCGGAUCUCAAUGUCUACACUCUUGGGAGUAUUGGCGGCCAUAAUAUAGUGGUGGUCUGUCUCCCUGCGGGUGUCUAUGGGACAACUUCGGCUACUGCCGCGGUGGCAUACUUGAAGUCUACCUACCCGAAUAUCCAGUUCGCCUUGACGGUCGGCAUCGGCGGCGGGGUCCCAUUAGGAAAACCUGAUAUACGUCUGGGCGAUAUUGUGGUCAGCAAGCCAUCUGAUACCUUCGGCGGCGUCAUUCAGUAUGAUUAUGGCAAAACGGUGGGCAAUGGACACUUUUACCAUACAGGAUCGCUCAACAAGCCUCCGCCGAUACUGCUCAAGACGAUCGCCCAGAUGGAGAGUGAUUAUAUGCUCGGCAAAAUCUCACUUUGCAAUAUCAUGGCCAGCAGCCUGCAUAAAGAGGAAGUGCAGACACAGUUUCCGCGACCAUCAAAAGAUCAGCUCUUCCAAUCAACUUACGACCACGUUGGGAACAAGUCCGACUGCUCGGCUUGUGAUACGAGCGAGCUAGUGGAUCGCCCUGAACGCACGACAGAAGAGCCUCAGGUCCACUAUGGUCUAAUCGCUUCUGGAAAUCAGGUAAUGAAAGAUGCGAGAACACGCGACUCUAUCGCUCAAGGCCGGAACAUUCUGUGUUUUGAGAUGGAAGCUGCAGGACUCAUGGAUGAAAUCCCGUCGCUUGUAAUACGAGGCAUCUGUGACUACUGCGACUCCCAUAAACAUAAGGAGUGGCAGGGGUACGCAGCAUUUGUUGCCGCUGCCUAUGCAAAGGCUUUGCUCACAUUAAUUCCGAUACAUGGCAAGGGUGCUGUUCGAAAUGGAGUCAAAGAGGAUCCGCAUUGGAUGGUCCCCUUUCGAAAGAACCCGGGAUUUGUUGGUCGAGAAGGAGAAAUCAGCAAAAUCGAUGGAUUGAUCCAGGAGAUCCAUGGACCUUUAAAAAUCGCAAUCUGCGGACUAGGCGGCGUUGGAAAGACCCAGAUUGCUCUUGAACUAGCUUAUCGCACGCGCGAACAUAUUCUGGAUCCCAUGUACGACCUAUGCGAGUAUUGA